AUGGGGAGGAAAAGAGACGCGGAAGCGGAGCUCAACCUGCCACCGGGGUUCCGCUUCCACCCCACGGACGAAGAGCUCGUCGUGCACUACCUCUGCCGGAAGAUGGCCUGCCUGUGCCUACCCGCACCCAUCAUCGUCGACAUCGAUCUCUACAAGCACAACCCCUGGGAGCUACCAGAUAAGGCAUCGUUUGGGCAGAGAGAGUGGUACUUCUUCACUCCUCGUAACAGGAAGUACCUCAACGGCUCGAGACCGAACAGGGCCGCCGGGAAGGGAUACUGGAAGGCAACUGGUGCCGAUAAGCCGAUCUCAGCAAAGGGCAGCGAAAGGACUUUGGGUAUCAAAAAAGCUUUGGUCUUCUACACCGGCAAGGCACCAAGAGGCGUGAAGACCGAUUGGAUCAUGCAUGAGUACAGGUUGGCUGAUGCAAGCCGCAGCUCCAACAAGGGAAGCCUAAGGUUGGAUGACUGGGUUCUUUGCCGGCUAUACAACAAGAAGAAUACCUGGGAGAAGAUGCAGCAACAGCAGGAGACAUCCUCAGGAGAGACCAUGGGUUCGGUGGGCGAGACAGGCUCAGACAGCUUGAGGACACCAGAAUUCGAUGUCGAGCACAAGGUUGGGCUGCCUUAUUUUGAUGAUCUUGGCUAUCCAUCCCAAGCUGCUGCCAGAAUGCAAGCAUCGAGCAACAGCAAAACAACAGCUGGGAUUCAGAUGGCAGAAGAGAGUCAAAAAGAAGAUAACGAAUGGUUCAUGGACUUGAAACUGGAUGACUUGCAGAGCUCUUACAUGAACGUUCGAUCGAUGCAAAUGAUGGAUGCAACAAAUCAAGACUUUGUACCUCCAGUGCCAAGGCCAAAUCAUACGGACAUGCUGCCAUUCUGAACUAAAUUAAAAGUCAAACUGUAAAUAGCUUAGAACUACAGCUACAGGGUGAUGGGAGAUCAAAGAACUAGAAGAAACCAUUAUUUUUUUUCUUUAUUUGAAACCAUUGAUUUGUUUUUCUUUAUUUAUUUUAUGCAUUAUAAACAAGCAUUGGUUAUGAUGCACUUGUAGUGAAUUCCAUCUAGAUAUGCUUGGAGAAACUACUUGCUCUUUCUGAUAAAAGUGUCAAGUGAUUCCAAGGUUUAGCAAUGGAAUCUAUUCUUAUAUUAAGAAAGUAUGAGCAAUAUCUUGUA